UCAGGUAUUUUGUUUACAGCUAAUCUAAACCCACUGUAAUGGAGCUUUCUUCAUCUCCCCGCCUCCUAAGCUCUCCCACUUCGCUGAUGCUACUGAAACCCAAGGUUGGGUUUAGGGUUCCUCAGAUUUCUUCCUCUCCCUUCCAUUUUCACCCUUCUGUUUCAUCUCUUAAACUCAUCGGUAGAAUGGAAUUUAAUAGGACAGUAUGUUGUGCUUCUUCAUCUGAAGGAAACGGCUCUCCGGUGGCCCCUUCUUCAGGGCCUCGCGUGGGCGAAGUGAAAAGGGUCACCAAGGAAACAAAUGUAUCUGUCAAGAUAAACCUGGAUGGUUCUGGGAUUGCGGAUAGUAAUACCGGGAUUCCAUUUCUUGAUCAUAUGUUAGAUCAACUUUCUUCACAUGGGGUUUUCGAUGUGCACGUAAGGGCCACGGGAGACAUCCACAUUGAUGAUCACCACACUAAUGAAGAUGUUGCCCUUGCAAUUGGAUCGGCUUUGCUGAAUGCACUUGGUGAUCGGAAAGGAAUUUAUCGGUUUGGAGACUUCUCAGCUCCUCUUGAUGAAGCACUUGUCCAUGUCUCACUAGAUUUAUCUGGCCGGCCACAUUUGAGUUAUGAUCUACAGAUACCUACUGAGAGAGUUGGAACAUAUGACACCCAGUUGGUGGAGCAUUUCUUCCAGUCUCUGGUGAAUACUUCUGGUAUGACUCUUCACAUUCGACAGCUUGCUGGAAAGAAUUCUCAUCAUAUUAUUGAAGCUACGUUCAAAGCAUUUGCGAGGGCUCUUAGACAAGCAACCGAGUAUGACCCACGCCGUCUUGGCACCGUGCCCAGUUCAAAAGGUGUUCUAUCACGUACCUGAUUGUUGUCAUCGACAUGGCAAGAUAAACUUGUGCCUUAAUACGGAAAGUGAUGAUUGAUUGGAGCAAUGCUUCGAACGCUUGCGUCGGUCAUGUUUGGUGAUGGAUGUUUGAGCAGGAAGAUGAUGGCAGAAAGAUUCUUGUAGGAUUGAUGAUCGAACAUUAUUGUAUAUGAAAAUAACUUGUUCUUCAGCUUGAAUCAUUUUUCUGUCAUAUAUCACUGUUGUAAUAAUGUUUAUGCAUCUGAUAAUUGAUGCCUUCUAUUGAAUUAUCGUUGAAUAACAAGGCUCAAAUUACCGGGGCCGAAAAUUUGAUAUGUUCUAUUCACUCC